AUGUCAUCGUUGAGCAGCGGCCACAGCAGUACAUCAAGCAUGAGCAGUACCAGUACCGACCUCAGUUCUUGCAACAUUCCAUGUCAUAUAAGCGGUCGUAUUGCAUCACUCCACAUGACAGCAUAUUGUUUCGAUGUACUCUAUGCCGCCCUACGCAAUCAUCAAACUCCUAAAAUACCUCCAACAAUUCCAAACGAUAAAUACCCGCUGUUUGUAACCUGGAAGAAGGGAUAUGAUCGGCGUUUACGUGGUUGCAUUGGGACGUUUACUAAUCUUGUGUUGCAUAAAGGUCUACAUGAAUAUGCUAUUAUAAGUGCCUUCAAAGAUUCACGUUUUGAUCCUAUCACUCUGCAUGAAGUUGACCAGUUGCAUUGUACUGUGAGCAUCCUAAUUAAUUUUGAAAAAGCUCGAGAUUAUCGAGACUGGGUUGUUGGCAUACAUGGGAUCAGGAUUGAGUUUCAAGACAAUCAUCAUUAUCGUGAUGCUGUAUAUCUCCCAGAAGUUGCUAGUGAACAAGGUUGGGAUCACACGGAAACGAUAGAUAAUUUGAUGCGAAAAGGCGGUUAUCGUGGGCACAUUUCGGAGGAAACACGAAUGAAAGUGAAUGUUGUCAGAUUUCAGUCUGACAAAGUUUUAAUGAGUUACCAGGAGUAUGUAGACUAUAAAUCAAAUUACGGUGAACCGUUGCUAACCGAUCCUGGUGGACGACGAGGUCUUUUCCAUUCUUGUAGGCCUUAA